CAGAGAAUACCAAAUUAGGCCUAUUUUCAAUCAAAAUCCCAAAAGAGAAAGAAAACACGAUACAAGCAAAGAAAACAAAAGGAUGAUUACGUUCCAUUAAUUAACCUUUCACUCUCGCAUCAAUCGGCAUAGAUUUCAGAAAUUCAGAUCUUGCUGUAUCCAUUCACUGCUUCAACUCUACGCCAAAUCCAGUUGCUACUUCCAUUUCAUAGAGAAUUGGAUCUGUGGGUGAAACUUGAAACUAGGUUUUGGCUUCGGGACAUGUUUAGAGCUGGGCUUGUUGUGUUGGUGGUGAUGCAAGAAAGAUGGAAUUUAGAUUUGAAGUAGAGAUUAGGAGAAAUUGUUGGAUUUUGUGCGUGUUUGAUUUUGAUGGGACUUGAGAUUUGAUUCUGAGGUGAGGUGUGGUGAGGUGAUUAUUUUGGUUCCAAAGGCUCCGAGUCGGAGGACAACAUGUUCUGGAGGGACCGUGACCGUGAGAGGGACAACAAAGACCAAAACGGUGGCGGCGGUCCGCCUUGUGGCCAGGUUCGGGUGCUGGUUGUUGGCGACUCUGGUGUUGGAAAAACUGCUCUUGUUCAUCUGAUUGUCAAAGGUUCUUCCAUCACGCGUCCUCCUCAGACAGUAGGGUGUACAGUAGGUGUAAAGCAUACUACUUAUGGAAACUCUGGUAGCUCGUCAAGCAGUAUUAAAGGUGACGCUGAGAGAGAUUUCUUUAUUGAACUCUGGGAUGUGUCUGGACAUGAUAGAUACAAAGAAUGCCGGUCUCUUUUUUAUUCCCAAAUUAAUGGUGUAAUCUUUGUUCAUGAUCUCUCCCAGAGGAGGACAAAAACUGGCUUACAGAAGUGGGCAGCUGAGAUUGCUGCAACUGGGACAUUUUCGGCUCCUCUAGGAUCUGGAGGUCCUGGUGGCCUUCCUGUCCCGUAUAUUGUUAUAGGUAACAAAGCUGAUAUUGCUGAAGAGGGUACAAGGGGAAGCAGUGGCAAUCUUGUUGAUGUAGCUCGACAGUGGGUUGAGAAGCAAGGUUUGCUUCCAUCCAGUGAGGAACUUCCACUGACUGAGGGUUUCCCUGGUGCUGGAGGCCUUAUUGCGGCAGCCAAAGAAGCAAGAUAUGACAAGGAAGCUGUGAUGAAAUUUUUCCGUACGGUCUGUAUUCAUGCUCUUGUUGUUAGCUUUUUCUUUUUGCCUAUGAAAAAUAUCCAACUUUUGUCUUGGUUGUUUCAGUUGAUCAAAAGAAGAUAUUUUUCCGAUGAUUUACCUGCACAGAAUCCAUGGUCUAGUUCUCCAGUACAAAGACCUGCACAAACUGUAGAUGAAAAUUGGAGUGACGAGGAUCAUUCCUACAGGAAUGCCAGCUUGCGUGCUGAUCCUUACAAGUACAACAUGCUCCCUCCUCUUCCAGCACAACGCAAUCUGACACCACCUCCCACACUUUAUCCUCAGCAACCAGUUUCGGUUUCUGAAAACUACAGACUUCCUAGGUUUUCCCAUAAUAGUUACUCAGAAAUCAGCAGUGCAGCUAGAUCAAAGCGCUCCGAUAUUAAUGUGUAAUUGUCAUUGCCUCUGGUUAAUGUGAUUGUUUGCAUGAAUGAAUGCUAGUGUAUGCGGUCAAAGUUCAUACCAUUUUGUUUCACCUGUAACUCCAUUGAUUAUUUUUCUCUAUAGGUUAUCAUUGUAAGUGGCUUUUGUUUUAGGUUAAGUAUAUAUUGAUUGAUUCAUCGACCUGAGAAGUACAGGCAAUUCUUUCAUCAACUUCUCUUUGUUUGCAAA